CAUGUCGCCAAUGCCAUUUUCUCAAACUAUAUAAAAUGCCAUGUUUCUGUCAUGCUUCGUCAACCUAGCGAAAUAUUCAAAUGAAGAGUUUGCUAAAAAUGUUGAUUGAACUUACUUUAAAUUAAGAUGAUAUUUCAUGUGCACGCACCCGGUAAUUGAACCUUUAAAAAAUUGAAAUGACUUAUCAUUUAUAAUCGGUAAUUCAAUAGUAUUACUCUAUUGUUAUUGGCUCUAUCGGUAUAAAAUAACGAUUAAAUAGAUAAACACAUCACUUACAAGUCAAAAUGGAUUUAUUACACGCGGAACAAUAGGGAAACCAAAUACAGAUAAGAAAUGAAGUUGCAAAUAAUAGGAUUCCAGUUAUCAGUACUCGGGAGCAACAAGUUAGAUUAAUCUGUUUGCAGAUAAUAGAGUGUUAUUUCAAGCUAGUUAAAAAGUGCAAAUAUUCCAAGAAGUAGAACUCAGAUAACUCGAAACGUACAUAUAUAACAAACCUAACUGGUAUAAACCAUCAGUUGCAAAAACAGUAUAAACAAAUACUCUAUUUAUCAAGUUGUAGUGUGGAAUCACCAUUUGAAGUAUUUUAAUUGUAACUAAAUGAGUACUUGGCCAAAUUCAAUAUGUUUCAGCAAGAAAACGCUAAUUGUCAUUUGAAUAAUAUAAAAAAAUAUCAAUUUUAAUCAAACUGCAUACCAAAAUGGAAAUCUGCCUAUGAUUUUAUUUAUGUCAAUUUAUUACUAGCUUUGUCAUCAUUUUCUGCAACUAAGACGACAAAUCAGCUGGUAAAAUAUUUGUAAAAUAUUUUUUCUGUAAGAAGUACCAACAAUGAUAUAUGAGUAAUAAUAUUCUUUGAUUUAUCUUGUUUAUAUUUUCAUCAUUCAAAGAGCUCAUGUAUUAUGUUUGUCUCUGAUAUAUAUUUUUGUUUUCGAUUCAGAACAUGAGACAGAGAUCUUCAUGUCGACGCACACAAAAAGAAAGAAGAAGUCUCGUCAGAGUUUGCCCACGUGCGCGUUCCAGCACUCUAACUAGAAAGAAUGGUUUUGAAAAAUGCUAUUAAAAACGAAUCAACAUACGUUUCCAUUGACAUUUUGAAUAAAAAGAUUUCUGAAUUGAAGAGGGGCAAAAAGCGGACCUAUACGUCCAAUUGGUAUCUACCGGGAAGAUCAGAUAAAAGAAAUAAUUACGUUACCAAUUGGAAAAUUAAACAUAAUCACAGGAUAGCAAUCGUUUGUAAGAGAGCAAAAUCAGCAUUCGAAAAAAUCAAAUCCGCAAAGCUUAGACGCAGGGGUCGGCAACCUUUUUUCACGUGCUAAAAUAAGGGUUGCAAGUCAUUGGCGGGCCGCACAUAUUUUUAGAAAGUUGAAAACCGAACGGAUGGGAAAACCGAACGGAAGUUGGAACCACAAACGUCAUUUGUAAAAGAAAAGAACUUUAUACUGUCACCAAAGGUCCGCGUCGCUAAACGAGAGAUGAAGACAGUAAAAUCAUGGGAUAAUAUUUUAAUGGGUUCGUCUGCACAAACGAAGAUUCCCGAUCUAAAUUCAAUGUUUUCAGUUGUACAUUUCGGAAGUUUCAACGAGUCUAAUCAGAAAAAGACAAACCUUCGAGAUACUCUUAGCGACAAAGAUGGUAUCAAAAGUUUUCGAAAAUUUCUUCGAUCGGAAUUCAGCGAAGAAAAUCUUGAUUUCUGGAUUAGAUGCGUUGCUUACAAACGAAAAAAGUUUCCGAGACUCGGAUGGCAAGAAUGCAGACAAAUAUUUAAUGAAUUUUUAGCUCCAACCGCACACGAAGAGGUUAAUCUCGAUUGAAGAGUGGAACAAAAUGUGAAAAGAACCAAUAAAUGUCCAAACAAAUUUACGUUUGAUGAAGCUAAAAGUUGUGUUUUUAACCUCAUGGAAACAGAUUCAUUCCGGAGAUUUUCCAUGUCGCGUAGACAUAAUAUUGAUAUGAUUUUGUAAACUUGAUCAGAUCAUUAUUUAUUUCCUGUGAUCCAUGUUAAUAUUAUUGAAAUUGUUCCAGUUAUUUUGUUACGUCUUUUAAAAUAAAUAUAUAUUUUUAUAUGA